CAGAAACAGUCUGCUUUCGUUCUGAAUUUCCGAAGCACGGUCUUCGAAGGAUCUGUUUUGGAUACAUUUUUUCGGAGUAACUCGUCUAAAUCAUCAUGUCUUUGAUGCUACCAUCAAGAUUUGCCAAACUCAAGAGCAUAGCUCCUAAAAUAUUGGCCGUCUCUUCUCGUAGUAAAUACUAUGUGGUUAAUCCCCAAAAAACUCAAGAUGAAUUAUCUUGGCAGGAUAUAAGGGAGCGAGCUGUUACUUCUUUGUUUUUCCAAGAACUGAUUCGAGGCUUAGGAGUUACACUUUCUUAUUAUUUUAGAGAACCAGCAACUAUUAAUUAUCCAUUUGAAAAAGGACCUUUAAGUCCUAGGUUUAGAGGAGAACAUGCUCUUAGAAGGUACCCAUCAGGCGAGGAAAGGUGUAUUGCUUGCAAACUCUGUGAAGCUAUUUGCCCCGCUCAAGCCAUUACAAUUGAGGCUGAAGAAAGAUCAGAUGGUUCAAGACGUACAACGCGUUAUGAUAUUGACAUGACCAAGUGUAUUUACUGUGGUUUUUGUCAAGAAGCUUGUCCCGUUGAUGCUAUAGUUGAGGGUCCCAAUUUCGAGUUCUCUACAGAAACACACGAAGAAAUGUUGUAUAAUAAGGAAAAAUUAUUGAACAAUGGAGAUAAGUGGGAAUCUGAAAUUGCUUCUAAUUUACAUGCAGAUCAUUUGUAUCGUUAAUGUGAAAUUUUGUCUUAGUAAACAAGCUAUACUUAAUAUCGUUGAUAUUUUAAAAAGUAGAAAAUGAGAAUUUCAUGUAUUAUAGAUUGUUAUGAUGGUAAUACAUAAAUGAUUUUUGUUAUUACGGGCCGUUUUGAAAGAACUGUUCAUCAUCCAUCUUCUUGAAGCUGAGACGUAAACCUCGUUUUAUUACAUGUACAUUAUUUGAUUAUGAGAAAAUAUUAAAGUAAAUAACAAUUAGGAUUCA